UUAACCUACUCGUACUUUGUGCCUAAAUGUUGUGUGUUCCUAACGGAAUUUAUACAAUGAACUGCCUUGGGUGUUCCUAGGGCGCGGCUCAUCCUACAGUUUGAUAUUUUGUAGCUUUAAUAUAUUUAAUUUUUUAUUUGCCUCGGACUGUCUGUGAUGAGUCGAGCCCCGUUGAUAAGCUUCGUCGUUUCAAAUGCCCUUGCAAAGAUUAGAAAUUGUCUGUAGUUUCGAAUAUUUGUUAUUUCGUUUUUAUGUGAUUCUUCUUAGGCAGUAGUCAAUUUGGAAAGUACGCAAGACUCACAAACAAAGAGCUGAUAGUAAUAUAGAAGUUUAAAUCCCUCCAUUCAGGAAUAAAUAAUUAAAAAUCUAAAGACAAAGAAACUUAUCUUCCAAUAUGACAACACUUUAAAAGUCAAAUAAAAACUGUAAACAAAAAAAAAAGAAGAAAAACAUAAAAUAGCAUAAAAAGAACACUACAAUACACAAGGAGGAAUGGAUGAGGAUGACUUCGAUUACCUGCCGCGGGGGAACACCAACAGAUUGAGCGUUCCGAAUGAUCCGGCUCUACAAGCAGUCUAUGAGCUUUACAAAACGCCCCUCGACGCCCAUCGUCAAUUGCUUUCGGAGCACAACAGGGAGACCUUCGCCGAGGCAUUGAAUGGCCCCGGGCAAGUGCCCACUUUGUCGGAUCUGUGCGUCCGGCAGUUGGCAACAUGUGGUAAUGCCCACGUGCCUGCUGCCGUGCGCCAGGAUCCGCUGAAGAUGCGCAUCCACUUCGACUCGCUCGACGUAGAUCUGCCCCUGCGAGAGUGCUACUAUGUGGAGGAUGUGAGCUACUGGAGGCGCGUGGUGCUGGCCAAGUGCUCGGACACUUGUCUUGUGCUGAAGGGCUUGAACGAUUACGAUUGGCGCGGCAAGGGAUUGAGCCUCAAGUACGUGGAACUGGUCGAGGCCUGCCCAGCCGCCCUCUGGCCAGAGGAAGAGAUGUCUCAGCUGGCCGUGCUGAUUCAGGAUCAAGUGCGCUCCAUGGACAUUCGGCACCUGCAAUCGCUGACGGAGUUUGCUUUCCGGAAAGUGGGACGCGAGGAGGACGACUCGGAGCCAGACAUCACAUCCGAAGAGUCUGCUGGAAUCGAGAUAUCCAGCGAUGAGCCCAUGACCCCGGUAGAUGGUGGCGAGGAGGAGGGCGAGGAGGAGGAGCGUGGAUCGGACUCUCCCUCUGCCCAUUCCAAGGUCAUUGGAUUCAACACAAAGUUUAUGGUCGACUACUCAGACGACGAAGAUGCCUCCGGCGGCGAGCGGCGAAAGCGUCGGCGGGAAAGGAACGCCGCCCGCCAGCGGUUAAGGGAUCUGAGGGCUGCCAAGGAGGCCGAGCACGAGGAGCGCAGGCGCCGUCGGUCUGAGGCGCGGAAGUCCAGGGAACCAGAGCCGCGCAAGAAGAGGAAGCGGAAGCAGCGCAUCGCAGGCGCCUUUGACAUCCGAGUGGAGCCAGAACCGGAUGAUGGUGAGGACAGGGUGAUGGACAAGCGCAACAAGCAGAGGUAUCUGCGGCAUCUGCAGGAAAUAAACUAUCCGGAGGAUGACUGCACCCACGUUGAUCUCAGCUUCGUGCGUCACUUUGUCAACCUGGUCUCGCUAAGCCUAGAGUUCCUGGGUCCGGCGGUGGGCAGGGAAUACCACCAGCGGCACACGCUGUUUUCGAUCAAGGACAUGGUUCGCCUGGCCCGGGGAUUGGCGGCACUGCAGCAGCUGCAGAUCUUUCGGCUGCGCAACAGCCGAUUGAGUAACUUUAAGCUGUAUACUCUUUGUCGAGCUCUGCGAUUGCUGCCCCAUUUGGAGGUGGUGGAUUUUGGCUACAAUCAGAUGACCGACGACUGUGGCCCCGAAUUGGGAAUACUGCUGGAACGGCCCAACAUGCUGAAGUCCCUGGAGCUGGAGUACAAUCGCUUGGACUCCCGGGCCAUGGCAGCCAUUGGAGAGGCACUGCAGCGACCAAGUGUCACCAGGCUGGAGUAUCUGGGAUUGGCCCACAACAAGAUGAGCGGUGAUUCGCUGGCCGUCCUGUGCAACUCCAUCAAGGGCACCGAGCACGUGGAGGAGCUCAAUCUGUCGGGGAUUGAUGCGAGUCCUCGGAUAUUUGUAGACGAAAUCGGAGAACUGGUGCGCCAUCAUGAUCCGCUUCGUCGGCUCACAAUGGUGGCAAUUCCCUUGGGCUUCAAGCUGGGCACUAGAUUGAUAUGUGCCCUCGGCGCCAACAUGAAGAUCACCCAUUUUGAUUGCCGCGACUGCGAUUUGGACGAGGACGAAGAGCUGGAUGCCGAGAUAUUAGUCAGGCGAAACAUCUCCCUCAACGAAAACACCUUCAUCUCGGAUACGGAACGCUUCCCCAGCAUGGCCGAUGUGCUGGAGUUUGCAAAGACGCUGAAGCAUCCGAUGGUACAGAAAAUCGAGGACGACAUGGCGAGGAGAGAGAACUGCAUCCGGUACUAUCCGCCACCAACGCCUAGUGUCCAUAGCAUCAGGCCACAGACGCUGGUGGUGGAGGAGUCGGAGUACGACAUUUGGCGGGUUCUCGGCAUUACUACCAAGACCACCACGGUCGCAACUCCACCUGAAGAUAUGGUAAGGAAAGCAAGUUCAUCCUCGGUACUUAACAAGGAACCAUUUAUUUACGAACCCAACGAAUUUACCUUGGAAGAGUUCCGAGCGCACGUAUUUCUGCCCGGGACGUCAAACAGGCACUCCUACUUUAUGAAACAAAGACAAUCGGCUCUAUAAUCUUUUCGAGGAUUGUGUUAUUCCCAGCAAAAUUCAAAGUUUUGUAACUCAUAAAAUUACAAAUUUGCUGGAUAAUGAGAUUGGAACUCUAGGCGAAAUUGAAAAUAAUGCAGAUUAUAAAAACAUAUAUGAAAUGUCACUGAAAAUCAAAUAUGAUAAUUAAUCGAAAUAAUAUUGUAGGAACUUGUUUUAUUUAAAAGUAUAAGCAUUAACAAACUAAAGCAAGCCGGUUCGGUUCUAUUACCUCAUCGAGGAAGUUAUGAGGCCCUUCAUAAUUAAAAUGUUGUAAAACUUUAAAAGUAGGAAGUUAAAUAUUUUAGAUAAUAAUGUUUGAGCUGUAGGCCAAGUUAAAGUUUAUAAGAAUGAAAUAUAUUAAUGAAUAUUACUAAAAACAGUAUAUGCGAGAGAAAGAGAAAGGUCGAAUUACGAAAAUUACAUUUUUUUAAGUUAGUAAAUAUAAUUAUAAUGUUAAGGUAUGAUUAUUUUAAGAUCGAUUAAGCCGAGGAACAGUUUUUGCAAGGGCAAUUUAUCUUUGGACUACCGAAGAUCUGCACUUAGUAUCUCUGUAGUUGUACUCUGCUUUACCCCUAUAUGUUGCUUUUUAGCUUGAGUUGGUUUGUCCUUUUUGAGUUGCCAUCUUGAUCACAAAUCUAACCCCGACCACCAACACGAUACACCCCACUCUCUCACACACCCACGCAGGCCACUUCGGCUCAAUUAUCCAGGUGCAAGCAGGCUUACGGCCACUAAUUUCCCUCACCAAAACGUCAAGAUCCGGAAGCUUCCGGGAUUGUCGUGGCUUCCAGGCAAAAAGCAAAAAAGCAAAUAAGCAAGAAAGCAGCAACUAUCUGUCGAACCCGUAAACCCCAACCGCUGCUAACCAAGUUUGUGUCCACUCU